GUGGAGAAGGUGAUGAGGGACUGGACGUUGCCUGGCCGCAGGUUGGACAAUAAACGCAUCCACAUAAGGGAAACCCACCUACGCCCUUUGAAAUCCACGGACGGGUGGCCACCCUGGGGCGCGGAUCUCGCUCCACCGGUGCGUGGGGCUCAGAGCCCUCGCCGGCCGGGAGAGGCGCUGGGCGAGGGACCGGACACUAGCCGGGGGAGCCCGGCUGCAGCCAGCCGCCCUGCCCCGUCUGUGCCGGGAAGCAAGAGGGGAAGGGCGCAGGAGAGGAUCCCCCUGCUCCGCUCCGACCUCUGGCUCCCCAGUGCCGGGGCAGCCCCCGCUAGCUCCGCGGAGCGGCACAACCCCCCCCACCCCCCGGCGGACGAGCCACCCCCGAUGCCGAUGCGAUCCCCCCUCCCCCCCCCACGCCGGGGAGGGGGGCGGGGAGGCUGGAGGAACUGGGGAAGGGGAGCGGCCUCUUCUCUUCCUCCCCCCCCCCCACUUCCCGUCACCUUUCACGGAGGAGUUUAAUUAUACGCCGGAUCCUGACUGUGCCCGCGGAUCCGCUGCGAGCCUCUGCCGAGGGGAGGGGAGGGGGGAGCUUUCGCUCGCUCUGCCGCAAAGACGGAGUCUCCGCGCCCGCCGCUGCCCACCCCCGGAGGUGCCAAGGGAGCUCGCGGAGCAGACCCCCCCCCCCCGGAGCGGGCGGGAGGGGGGAGGGGGGGAAGGUCGGGUGCCAGGUCCCCCUUUCCGGGCUGGAGGGGGAGCAGCCCGGCGCCCAGCUGCCAGGGGCAUGUGCCUGUGCUCGUAGGUGGGGAUAUGCGCGGGAGGAGGGGGGGGGGAUGGAUUUCCAGGCGGUCACUUUCCUCUGCUGCUGCUUCCCCCUCAUCCUGCCCCUUACCUCAGGUGUUGUUUGUAAACCUGGCUGCCACCCAGUAAAUGGAUUUUGUGAAAGUCCCAAUGAAUGCAGGUGUCAACCAGGGUGGCAAGGAGCUCUCUGUUAUCAGUGUGUUCCUUUUCCUGGUUGUGUGCAUGGCAGCUGUGCCAAACCAUGGCAAUGUGUCUGUGAAGAAGGAUGGGUUGGCAGCCUUUGUGACAUAGAUAUUCACCCAUGUUCUUCAAAACCCUGCACCAAUAACUCAACAUGCAUAGAGACGGGAGAUGGAGGAUAUAUUUGUUUGUGUGCCAAGGGAUUUACAGGAAAAAACUGCCAUCUGAAAAAAGGGCCCUGCAUUAUUAAUGGCUCUCCUUGUCAGAAUGGGGGAACAUGUGUUGAUGACAAGGGAUUUGCGCCUCAUGCCUCCUGUUCGUGCCUUCCGGGUUUUGCUGGCAAUUUUUGCGAAAUAGAUGUAGAUGACUGUGAACCCAACCCAUGUGAAAAUGGAGGAACGUGCACGGAUAUUGGUGGAGGUUUCAACUGUCAUUGCCCUAUUGGCUAUAUGGGCAAAUCCUGCAGCAGCCGUGUCAUAUUCUGUGCUAGCAGCCUAUGUGAAAAUGGAGGAACAUGUCAUGAGCAUCCUGAAGGAGGAUUUGAAUGCGUAUGUAAGCCGGAAUUUGUUGGUGUAACCUGCACAUAUCUCAGCAGAAACACAAGUCUCCAUGGUGUGAAUACAGAGGCCAAACACGGGCACAGUUAUAAUCUACCCCCAAAUGCUCAUCUGAAGUCAGUACCUCACCAAGAACAUAAAGUCUUGAAAAUAACAAUGAAAGAAACAAUCCAAAACACAGACCCCUUGCUUAAUAAAAGUCAGGUCAUAUGUUUCAUUGUUCUGGGCUUGCUUACAUGUCUUGUUGUGUUGGGUACAACUGCGAUUGUAUUUUUUUCCAAAUGUGAAAUGUGGCUUGCUAAUGCCAAAUAUCGCUAUCUACUACGCAAGAAAAAGAAUUGUUUUCUUCAGUCUAACAAUGGGGAAAACCUUUCAGUUAACAUAAUUUUCCCAGAGAAGAUCAAACUCACUAACUACACCAAGAACUACACUGCCAUCUAGACUCCUUGAAAGCCUUGCAGCAACUUCCAGAGUUUUGUAGCAAUAUGUAAAGUUUUUUGAAUUUGUUACCUGUGCCUGGCUUUGAUGUUUUGUGCAUACAUUUGCUGUAAUAUGUUCUGGGAAGUACAGAAGAAAUAUGUUGUAUCUGUGUUGCCAAAUGAAUUUCUCAUUCCCAAAAUAAAACUUUAACAUAAUCAGA